AUGCCGUUAACAUUUGUUCCAUCACAAAAAGGUAAAAAGUUAUUAUUACACGGUGGUUAUUUGUAUGCCAAGAAGUCUACAAAUAAAAAUGAUAUUUCGUGGCGUUGUGCUGUAAAUGUCAACUGUAAUUUACUAAUACAUACAGAUUCAGAGUCUAAGAAUGGUAACAUUGUUGGUGUUGUCCCGGAUCAUGACCAUGCAGGAGAUAUAGCGGCAGUUCAAGCUAAAGUCGUGAAAGGGAAAAUUGUGAAGAAAGCUCAGAAAAGUGAUGCUAAGCCAGCAACAGUUAUUACUCGGGUACUACGAGGUGUGAUGUCCCCAACUGUAGCUUUGUUGCCGCAAUUAUCUUCAAUGUCCCGGACUGUAAACCGUAUUCGUGCUAAAGAGAAUCCUCAACCGAUAGCUGCAGCAUCUCGACAAGAACUAGUAUUGACGGAUGAUUUAAAGAUUACUCAUAAAGCUGAACAAUUUUUGCUACAUGAUAGUGGUGGAUUUCGUAAACGCUAUUUAAUGUUUAGUACUGAAAAAAAUUUGGGCGUUUUGUCCAAAUGUUCCCAAUGGUUAAGUGAUGGGACUUUUAGCGUUGUUCCAAAUAUUUUUGCACAAUUAUACACUAUACAUGGCAUUUUUAAAGGAACAUCUAUUCCACUCGUCUAUGUGCUUUUACCCAACAAGUUGAAAAAUACGUAUGUUGAUUUAUUGGGAGUUUUGCGACAUGCUUUGCCCAAUUAUACGCCAGAUUCUAUAAUGGUCGAUUUUGAAAGCGCAUUCAUUGAAGCAUUCAAAGAAAAAUACAGUGGUGUUAAAAUUCGUGGAUGUAAUUUUCACUUUAAUCAAUGUUAUUGGCGUCGGAUCCAGCAAUGUGGUUUGCAGACCCGUUAUAAUAGUGAUGUUACAUUCGCUUUUCAUUUAAGAUUAUUGCCCGCAUUAGCAUUUAUUCCGCCUGGUGAUGUAAUUGCUGGAUACGAAGAAAUUCUAAGUUGUAAUUAUUAUGAUGUCAAUAGUGAUAUACUGGAGUCUUUGCUGUCAUAUUUUGAAACUACCUGGAUUGGCGAAACACGUCGCAAUAUUAAAAAGCGUAGUAAUCCAUUGUUUAACAUUAAAUUGUGGAAUUGCUAUGCUGCAGUGAUUGGCGAUGAGACGCGCACAAAUAAUCAUGUAGAAGGGUGGCACAAUGGUUUUAAUCGUCGUGUCGGUACUUGUCAUGCUUCUACAAAUGUGUUGAUUAAUAAAUUAAAGGAUGAGCAAUCUAGAUCCGAAGCUCUUAUUACUCAGAUGGAUACAGGUAUGAAAGUAGCUGGUCAGAGAAGAGCCUAUCAUGAUUAUAAUGCUCGUUUGAAAAAAGUUAUUCUUGAUUAUGAUUCUGCUGAUAAAUUUAAUUACUUGCGUCGAGUCGCGAAAAUAAUUUCUAUUAAUGUUGACAAUUAG